CGAGCGGAGCUCCGGGCCCGCCAUGGCCGCGGGGGCGGUGGGGGCUGUCCCGGCUGAGCCGCUGCCGCUGCCGGGCCGCCUGCCCGGAGGAGCCGGCACGGAGCGCGCCCUGAAGAAGCAGAGGCCUCCGGCACCCUCAGCUUGGCCGGCCGGCGGCUGCGCGCCUUCCCGGCGGCGGCGGCGCGGCGCUGGGACCUCAGCGACACCACCCAGGCCGUCCCUUCCUGAGGCUGCCUUGUCCCCGUCGUUCCCUAUCCCCGUGAAUGCCCCGUCCCUGCGGGCCGCCUCCGCUGUCCCACACGCUGCCCCGGCUCCCUCCAGACCUGUCCGGAACCGUUUCGGGGAGGUGCCGGAGGCCGCCUGCCGCCUGGUCUCUCUGGAAGGGCUGAGCCUGCACCACAACUGCCUGCGCAGCGUCCCCCCGGCCAUCGCCAACCUGCAGGCCCUGGCUCACCUGGACCUCAGCCGCAACCAGCUGAGCUCGCUGCCCGCCUGCCUGUGCCUGCUGCCGCUCCGCGUCCUCAACGCCAGCAACAACCGCCUGGCCCGGCUGCCGCCGAACCUGGGCGCCCUCCGCACGCUGCGGCAGCUGGACGUGGGCUGUAACCGGCUGCGGGCGCUGCCGCCGGGGCUGGGGCAGCUGCGGGCGCUGCGGGACCUCAACGUGCGGCGGAACCAGCUGGCAGCGUUGCCCGAGGAGCUCUCGGAGCUGCCCCUGGUCCGCCUGGAUUUCUCCUGCAACCGGGUGGUGGCGAUUCCGCGCUGCUUCCGCCGGCUCCGGCACCUCCAGACCCUCCUGGCGGACAACAACCCGCUCCAGUUCCCCCCUGCCCAGAUCUGCCUGAAGGGCAAAGUCCACAUCUUCAAGUACCUGGAAGCCGAGGCUGACGCCCAUCCUGCCCCAGCAUGCCCCCCGGAUGAGUCGUGUCCCCUCCGGCAGCGAGGGGGGCUGGACUCCGGCUUCCACAGCGUGGACAGCGGCAGCAAGCGCUGGUCGGGGAACGAGUGCUCGGAUGAGUCCUCGGAGCCAUCCCGGCAGCACAGAGAGAUGCACGGCAGGGCAGCCAAUAAACACGGCUGA